AUGGGCAGCACGUACGACAACCUCAGCCCCGGGCUCAUCUGGGGCGGCGUGCUCUCGAUCUUCUCCGUCUUCUUCGUCAUCCUCUCGUACGCGAGCGUGCCGAGCUACCGGCAGCACCCGAACCCGCUCGUGUUCUGGCGCACGAUCGCUGACGCUGUGUUUGUGCUGCAGCUCCUGGCGCAGCAGUUUGUCCGCUGCCUCUUCUUCGACUGCGUGCCGCUCUGCAGCAGCACCAACUUGCAGUGCGGGUGCAGCACUGCCCGCAGCGCGAGCUCUACGUGCGACCUCUUUGCUGGGCUCUUUGAGUUUACGCUCCUGGCGUCCGAGUGCUGGUUCUUCUGCAUGACGGCCAACUUGCUCUUGAGCCUCACGAACCCCUUCACGGACUUUAAGCGCAACACGCGCAUGUUCCACCUCGGCUCGUGGCUCGUGCCGCUUGUGCUCGGGCUCUUGCUCAUGAAGACGGACGACUGGUCGGGCUACUCGGACCUCGGCGUGUGCUGGACGAACGCGCUCAAGAACUUGGAGGCCGACAACAUGACGGACUGCGCCGCGGGGUACACGGUCACGGACAACUUCUCCGAGAGCUACACGGCCGUGAACGCCAACAUCAUUAGCUGGCUCUUCUUCUACAUCUGGAUGGGGCUCUUCAUCAUCUCGGGCAUUGCCGUCUGGAUCUGGGCGUGGAAGCGCCUGAGCGAAGGCAUGCCCGAGACGUACGCCGUGCGCGUGCAGAGCAUCAAUCGCGCCCGCUUCAACGUCUUUGCCGUGACGUUUUACUGGAUCAUUGUCGUCAUUGUGUACAUUAAGUUUCUGUCGCGGGACCGGUCGCAGCCGGACAAAUCGAGCGAGCUCUUGAACUUCCUGAUUGCCGGGAAAGGGUACCUCGACCUCGUGAUUUGGUUUGCGCUGAACGACUUCCACGUCGCGCACUUUACGCACUGUCUGGGCGAGAACACGGGCGAGAUCGACGUGGACCUGAACCCGCAGGUGAACGCGGCGUUGCGACGGGAAGUGCUCUUUUACACCACGUCGGGGAUCAUCCAGGCGGUGCAGGCGGCUGAACGUCUCCCGGCGUCGCAGCGCAUCCAGCACUUGGCGUUGUUGCCGCAGACCAAAUCUGCGAGUGCGACAGGAGGGGCGGCAUUUACGGCGGUUCCGGUCAGCGAUAGUGGGAAUGCGGCGCACCCGUCAGCAGCUUAUGCAGCGUAUCGUCAGCAACCGUCACUCGGUACUGAGCGCGAUGGAACGAACGGCAUUGCUGCUGCUUUUGACGAGAACAUGCGCGUGGCCAAGAACUCACCUCGUACCAAGACGUUUCACGACUACGAACCCCAUGCGUUCAAGAAGAUUCGUGAACGCUUUGGCGUCAACAACGAUUCGUACUUGCAAGCACUGUCGGCCACGGCAAAAGAGCGCCUGAGUGAAGGUGCCAGUGGAGCGUUUAUGUUUUACUCGGCCGACGGGACGCUCAUUGUGAAGAGCACAAGCAAGGAAGAGUGCUCGUUCCUUCGCAACAUUGCACAGGACUAUGCCGCGUAUCUGUGCGCCAACCCUCGCUCCCUGCUACUGCGGUUCUACGGCUGCCAUUGUCUCGAGUUGUACAGCAAACAGUUCUCGUUCGUCGUGAUGGCGAAUCUUUUCGAUACCGACCAAGUGAUCCACUCACGUUACGACAUCAAGGGCUCAUGGGUGAACCGACACGGCGACCUUCCGAAGCGUGGCAAAAAGGUGACAUGCCGCCACUGCAACCGCAAGUACCUGUACCAAAACUCAGCGCCGGAAAAUGCCAAUUGCACGGUCCGUCUAGGCGGGCACGAGCCCAAUGUUGUGCUGAAAGACUCGGAUCUUACACAGAAACUAAACCUUGACCGUGACGUGGCGCUGGAGUUGUAUCAGCAGCUCUGUGCAGACUCGCAGCUGCUGUGCUCGUUCGGCAUUAUGGACUAUUCUCUGCUGAUGGGCAUCAACGAAGUUGAGUAUGUGGUGGACGAGGGCGAGAACUCGGGCGAGGAAAGUGAUGUUGCCAACACGACGCUUCAGUCCAGUAUGCUUGGCACGAUGCCUGGAAGUAGCCUACAGCGUUCUUCCGUCUACAACCCGUUUGCGGAGAAUUCAUUGAUGGACUCUCGCAGUGGCGGUGCUCAUAACUUGGCAAAAUCCAAAGGACCAUCUGCUGUGCGGUCUUCGUUGUCGAAAAGCCGGCGCCACGCCAGCGUCUCUUCAAACGUGGGGUCCCAUCGUGGUCGACCAGCGCUCAACGACUCUAUGGUGCCGCGCAAGGCGUCAAAGCCGCGUGAAUACUCCAAGAACCGAAGCCGAAACGGGCGUACUGAGAGCAGUACGUCUUCGUCUGGCAGACGUCUUCCCCGAUCCGGCAUGCGCAUGGCAAAUACUGUCGUUGGUCCAGCUUACUACCAUCUCGGAGUGAUUGACAUCCUGCAGACAUGGACGCUUCAGAAGCGUAUGGAGCGGCUCUUCAAGAUUGCCUUUCGGGGCGUCGAUGGCGACGGGCUGUCUGCGAUCCCGCCGAAGUUGUACCAGGCGCGUUUCCAGCUCAAGAUGGCUGACAUUCUCGGCGUAGAAGACCUCGUGAGCGGUGACAGCAUCAACUACGAUUUGUUCACGCAGCAGAACUCGCACAUGGACGUUGAUACGCAGCAAGCGGACCAGCCACACAACAUCCAGUCCAUUCGAUCGCUGGCGUCCUCGGAGCUUGUGGCCAUUAACCCUCUGGACUCGCACUACGCGAGCAGCCGUUCGUCUUCGAUCCUGCGACAACGCAGUACGGAGAACUCACAGUCCGUUGGCCAAGACACGGAGGAGUACACGGGCAUCGACUACCACUUGUAG